UCAAGAAAACAUAAAAACAAGGAACUUAAGAAACAUGUAUGGUAGAAACCCUAACAUACUCACUGGAGUCCUCCAAAACCCACAUGCCACCUGAGUGUAAACCACCACUACACCACCGGAGACGCUCCGACCACCACCACGCCACCGGAGACGAUGCUUAUUAUACACUCAGAUCUUCGAUUUGAAGCAAUUACAUUCUGAUCAUUCUGUCAUGUUAAUCGGAAAUCCAUAGUGUUUUCGUUGUUGUGAUGUUCAUGAUUUCAGCUUCAGAUCUAGAUUUGAAUCCGCAUUUCAUGUUGUACACGCUUAUUAUACACUCAGAUCUUCGAUAUCGGUAGAGAGAAAAUGGCUGGAAAGGGUGGUAAGGGUCUGUUGGCUGGAAAACAUCUGCGGCUGCAGCUAACAAGGAAAAGGAUAAGAAGAGACCGAUGUCUCGGUCUGCUAGAGCUGGUCUACAGACAUCACGUACAAGGUUAUCCUUCUAUCCACAUCUUACGCAGGGGAGUGAUAUAAAUUCAGGAGCAAGUGGUAAGGAGAACAGAGGAAAAUUUCUGAUGACCACAACACCACAAUUGAUUUCUUGCCAUUUUCCAGCUUAAAACGCAGACACCAUGGAUUCAUCAGGCAUUGGUGAGUCGGACACUACGGGCCCUAUGCCCAUCGUAUCAGACGACCGAGUAUCAUCGGAGCAUGAGGUACACACUUCGGGUGUUACCAGCACGGAUGAGGAUGAUUUUCAGCCCUUCGCGCUACCUGAUGCUGUCAACGAGCCCGCUGAUAGCCCUCUUGCGGGGAUUUGCCGCUCGUGGAGAUCCCUGCCCCUAUACCUCUUGCCGCUUAUCCUGUUCUUGAUAUGCUCCUCGACGCCGACGCUGAUUACGACGUCGAUUUGUUUGAUGACGAGCCCCUAGAAGAUGAUAUUGAGGGCGAGGCCCUUAUAGCUGACGGUGGUCUUUUGCUGCUCGCAGAUGCUCCAGCUGAGGAGUCAACUGCUCAUUCACCAGUCCCAGACUCUUUCGAGUCUUUGGCCUCUGCACCAUCGCACACUCAGGGUGCGCAGCACUAUUCUCAUGCCUCAGAUCCUGAUAGAGCAUCAUCCGCUGCCCCUGCCCCUAGCUACGCCUUUGAUCACGACCUUGAUGAGGAUUCCGACCCUAUCUUUCCACCUGGGUUUAAUCCGGACCAGUACAUUGAGUUUAUACCCCUCGAUCAGCCUAUGGAGGACCCGGUUGACCCAGUUGACCCUGUUGACCCUGCGUUUGCUGACCACGCAGAUUUUGAGAUAGAGUUCGAUGACCUAGAGCCUGCCAUGGCUCCCAAGCCGGUAGCCACUCCUGACCCUGUGUUUGAGCAUGACCCUGUUCAUGCUGGCGUACCCAUUGUUGACCCUGUGAUUGCUGAUCUACCUGUUGAUGAUCACCCUGUUGAUGCUCCGCUAUUAGAGGGUGAUUAUGUUGUUGCUGCUGAUCAGGCUGAUGCCCCCUCAUCGCUGACGUACCCGCUGAGCGUGUUGAUGUCGCUCCUCUCCCUGAUCAUGUUCCUUUGGAGCCCGAUCAUGCGCUAUUCGCGACCCGUAUUGAUCCCCAUUAUUCGCACACCCAGAAUGGGUGGAUUGAUGCUGAUGAUGAGCACCCACCUUUUCCCCCACAUACCACCGAUGCACGUCACAUGGAUUUCCCUUUUUCAUUCGCUCAAUUCACAACUUCAGCUCGACCUGGAGAGGGUUCAUCGGCUCAUCCCUUUGUACAUGUGCCGACAUCUAUCCUAGUUAUACCACAGUUUUCUUUUGCUAUUCCCCAUGUUCCACCAUUUUCUGUGCCACCUUUUACCCCAGCGAGUGAGCCAUUCUUUUGGACGUCACCACCUAUUAUGCCACCAUCCGACCCCUACCAUCCUUUUCAUAUGGGGUAUUCUAUUGAGGACAUUUUUAUGUCGUUUGUUCUCCAGCAGGAGGCACUCACACGGCGUAUACAGGAGCUCGAGAGAGCUCAGCCACCGCCAUGCCAGUGUCAGGGCCAGACCCACCCUUCUAUUUCG